AUGACCCCUAAGGGGCAGCAGAAAUCCUCAGGACACCGCCUGUUUGUGCGCACGGUGUUGUCGAAGUUUCUGCCGUAUAUGACCCCCCCCUCCCUAGUUCUCUCUGAUUUCGCCUAUCCAGAGAUCCUCGGGACACCGCCUGUUUGUGUCCGCCUUCAUGACCCUCAAGGGGCAGUAGGGAUCAUUGGGACACCGCCUGUUUGUGCGCGCGGUGUUGUCGAAGUUUCACGCGCGGUGUUAUCGAAGUUUCACGCGUGGAUGACCCUCAAGGGGCAAUGCCUUGCAUUUCCCUCAAAUCUUGAUGAAGGAGGUGUUUCUCGGUCACGCGAACAUACUGAUGCGCUUGUGGAUUCUGUUGAUUUUGGUAUACUUUGGGAUGAGUAUGGUAUCAUUGGCGAGUUAGUGCCCUUCACCAACAACUUUCCUCGUGCCGACAUUCACGAGCUCCUUGCCCCCAACAUACUGCACCAGCUCAUCAAAGGAACCUUCAAGGACCACCUUGUUGAAUGGGUGGGUCAAUACCUCGAACUCACGCACGGCAAAACACGCGCUAAGGCAAUUUUAGAUGAUAUUGACCGAAGAAUUGCUUCCGCGCCGCCCUUCCCUGGCCUACGACGCUUUCCACAAGGCCGUGGAUUCUCGCAAUGGACAGGUGACGACUCCAAAGCUUUGAUGAAGGUCUAUCUACCAGCAAUCGAGGGCCACGUACCAGAUGAUAUGGUUCGGGCAUUUCGAGCCUUGCUAGAUGCUCCGAACGGCCUCUGCUCGUCAAUCACGGAAUCCAAACAUAUCAAGGCGGUAAAGCAACCAUGGCGACGUUCAAGCAAGUACAACGCGCUCAGCCAGAUGCUCCUUACCAAUCAGCGCCUGGACAAAGUCGCCGCAGCAAGAGUUGAUUUCACAACACGCAGCAUGCUCAAAGGGUCUUGUGCCUUCAGCUACUACAAUUCAUCUGUUGAGAAUCCCUCAUAUAUCGACAACGACGAUGGAGACCCAGAGGUCCAACAGAACCCAGCGCAUGCAGGAAGCAAUCCCUUUGCUAUCGAGAGUGACGACUUUGACGAUGUCGAGGAUCAGGGUGUUGUAGAUGACGUGGAUGUCAUUGCUGAUGUGCAAUUAGCACAGACUUUUUACGAACUCGACAUCCCAUUGUUCCAGACCCUCAUUCGCCUCUUCCUGUACGACCAAAUACACGCGGACAACCACCAUUCCUCUGCCGACGUCCCACUUCGCGACUGUCCAUCCUACACGGGACCAAUCAAGAUAUUUCAUUCAGCCGCUGCAACAUUUAUCGCACCCAGUGAUCCGAGUGGAAUCACUGGUAUGCGCCGUGAGCACAUUCGUGUUGUGCCUUCGUGGCGCAAGGGACCAGCUCGCUUUGACUGCGCCUUCGUCAACACGGACGAUAGGCAUGACGGAAUUCACACAUACCCAUGUGCCCUCGUUCAAUGGUUCCAUCGCAUCGCCGAGGAACGAGACGAGCUCACAGGAAUGUGGAUGGUGGCACCGUCUUUCAAUGAAGAUGGCUCGCGCGAUUUGUCCAUCAUCCAUAUCGACAGUAUCAUUCGCGGCGCUCACUUACUCCCAAUAUUCGGUACUCAGCUCGUACCACGCGGCCUUCGAUUCUACGAUUCUCUGGAUGUAUAUCGAGGAUUCUAUGUAAAUCGGUUCAUUGAUCACCAUGCUUUCGCACUGGCAUCUUAA